CCCCGGCGCGCCCCUCCCUCCCGCGCCUCGACGCCUCCCGCGGCAGAGCGCGAGCUGCGCGGCCCGGAGCGGCGGCGGCGGCGGCGCUCGGGAAUCUGCCCCGCACGCCCGGGCGCGGGGAGAGCGAGCGCGCUCCUCCUCCUCCUCCCGCGCCUUCCGCCCCCUCUCCCCUCCGCUCGCGCUCCUUCCCCUCCCUCCUUCUCUUCCUUCUUUCCGGGUUCCCCUUUCCCUUUUCUCUCUCCCAGUCCAUUCGUUUGUAAAUUCCCGUUCUCUCUCCCCCCCUCCACCCCACCAACCCCCCCCCCGCCCUCCCCUCCCCACUGUCACUCUCGCUGCCCCCCUCCGUCUUCUCAUUUGCCUGCUUGUCUCCAAACGUGGAUCCGCGGCUCCCGGAGGAGCCCAGCUCCCGGAUCCCGCGCGCCCGGAGCACCUGGAGUCCGGCCCGCGGCGGCCCGAGCCUGGCCGGCGGCGGCGGCGGGAGAGGCGGCAGCCGAGAGAGCGGCGGCCCGGAGCGCGGGCACCGCGGGAGCCCCCGGAGCAGCGGCCGCCGCCGAGAUGUCCCGGCGAAAGCAGAGCAAACCCCGGCAGAUCAAACGGCCGCUAGAAGACGCCAUAGAAGAGGAGGAAGAAGAGUGUCCAUCCGAGGCAACGGACAUCAUCUCCAAGGGGGACUUCCCAUUGGAGGAAAGCUUUUCCACAGAACUUGGGCCUGAGAAUCUGAGCUGUGAAGAAGUGGAAUACUUUUGUAACAAAGGUGAUGAAGAAGGCGUCCAGGAGACGACGGAGUCCGAUGGGGACACGCAGCCAGAGAAGCCGGGGCAGCCUGGAGUGGAGACGGGUGACUGGGAUGGACCAGGAGAGCUGGAGGUCUGUCAGAAAGAUGGGGAACGGAAAAUUCAGAGUCGGCAGCAACUUCCUGUGGGAACAACCUGGGGCCCAUUCGCUGGGAAGAUGGACCUGAAUAAUAAUUCCUUGAAGACAAAGGCUCAGGCCCCCAUGGUGCUGACUGCUGGUCCCAAGUGGCUGCUGGAUGUGACUUGGCAAGGAGUGGAGGACAACAAAAACAACUGCAUUGUGUACAGCAAAGGGGGUCAGCUUUGGUGCACAACGACAAAGGCCAUCUCUGAGGGUGAAGAGCUAAUUGCCUUUGUGGUGGAUUUUGACUCAAGGCUCCAAGCUGCCAGUCAGAUGACUCUUACUGAAGGGAUGUACCCGGCCCGCCUGCUGGACUCAAUUCAGCUGCUUCCUCAGCAAGCGGCCAUGGCUUCUAUUCUGCCUACAGCUAUUGUCAAUAAGGAUAUAUUCCCUUGCAAGUCCUGUGGCAUCUGGUAUCGGAGUGAGCGGAACCUGCAAGCCCAUUUGAUGUACUAUUGCAGUGGGAGGCAACGGGAAGCUGCUCCAGUGUCAGAAGAAAGCGAAGACAGUGCUGCUCAGACUUCCAGCCUGUGUCCCUUCCCACAAUGCACCAAGACUUUCUCAAAUGCCCGAGCUCUAGAAAUGCACCUGAAUUCACACAGUGGAGUGAAAAUGGAAGAAUUCCUCCCCCCUGGUGCGAGCCUGAAAUGCACCGUCUGUAGCUACAAUGCUGAUUCUGUGAUCAACUUUCACCAGCACCUGUUCUCCCAUCUCACUCAAGCUGCCUUCCGAUGCACGCACUGCCACUUCGGCUUCCAGACUCAGAGGGAGCUAUUGCAGCACCAGGAGCUCCAUGUCCCUGGAGGCAAACUUCCCAGAGAAAGUGACAUGGACCACUCUCCCAGUGGCACCGAAGACAGCUUACAGCCAGCCCCAGACUUGUUGACCAGAAGCGAACUCCCCCAGAGCCAAAAGGCCAUGCAGACUAAAGAUGCGAGCUCUGACACAGAGCUGGACAAGUGUGAGAAAAAGACUCCGCUCUUUCUCACGAACCAGAGACCGGAGCUACAGCCCACGGCAAACAAACAAAGCUUUUCUUACACGAAAAUAAAGUCUGAGCCCUCUAGUCCAAGACUUGCCUCAUCUCCAGUGCAGCCGAAUAUCGGGCCUUCUUUCCCUGUGGGUCCUUUUCUCUCUCAGUUUGCUUUUCCCCAAGAUAUCACGAUGGUCCCUCAGGCUUCAGAGAUCUUAGCCAAGAUGUCUGAGCUGGUACACCGGCGACUGAGGCACGGGAGCAGCAGCUACCCACCCGUCAUCUACAGCCCCUUGAUGCCCAAGGGGGCGACUUGUUUUGAGUGUAACAUAACUUUCAACAAUUUGGAUAAUUAUCUAGUGCACAAAAAACAUUACUGCAGCAGCCGAUGGCAGCAGAUGGCCAAGUCCCCGGAGUUCCCCGGCGUCGCAGAAAAGAUGCCCGAGGCCGUGAGUCCCAACACCGGCCAGACCUCCAUCAACCUCCUCAACCCGGCCGCUCAUGCGGCCGACCCUGAGAACCCGCUUCUGCAAACAUCCUGCAUCAACUCUUCCACCGUUUUAGAUUUAAUUGGGCCCAACGGGAAGAGCCACGACAAGGACUUUUCUGCUCAAGCUAAGAAGCUCUCCACCUCCAGCAGCAAUGACGAUAAAAUGAAUGGGAAACCCGUUGAUGCAAAAAACCCCAGCGGCCCCUUAGUGGACGGGGAAAGUGACCCAAACAAGACCACCUGUGAAGCUUGCAACAUCACCUUCAGCCGGCACGAGACGUACAUGGUCCACAAACAGUACUACUGUGCCACCCGCCACGACCCGCCGCUCAAGCGAUCUGCUUCCAACAAAGUGCCUGCCAUGCAGAGAACCAUGCGCACGCGCAAGCGGAGGAAGAUGUAUGAGAUGUGCCUCCCGGAGCAGGAACAGAGGCCGCCCCUGGUCCAGCAGCGCUUUCUGGACGUGGCCAACCUCAGCAGUCCUUGCACCUCCGCUCAAGAACCCGCCGAAGGGCUCGGAGAGUGCUACCACCCAAGAUGUGAUAUCUUCCCAGGAAUUGUCUCCAAGCACUUGGAAACGUCUCUCACCAUCAACAAAUGCGUCCCGGUUUCCAAAUGCGACGCUGCCCACGCCAGUGUUUCCUGCCUCGAGAUGGACGUGCCCAUCGAUCUCAGCAAAAAGUGCUUAUCCCAGGCCGAGCGGGCGACCACGUCGCCCAAGAGGCUGCUGGACUACCACGAGUGCACCGUGUGCAAGAUCAGUUUCAAUAAGGUCGAGAACUACCUGGCCCACAAGCAGAAUUCCUGCCCGGUCACUGCCCAUCAGCGGAAUGACCUGGGUCCGCUCGACAGCAAAGUGUUUCCGAAUCCAGAGAGCGAACGCAGCAGCCCCGACGUCAGCUAUGAAAGGAGCACCAUCAAAUGUGAGAAGAAUGGGAACCUGAAGCAGCCUUGCCCCAACGGGAACUUAUUCUCAUCCCACUUGGCCACCCUGCAAGGCCUGAAGGUCUUCAGCGAGGCCGCGCAGCUCAUUGCUACAAAGGAAGAAAGCAAACAUUUGUUUCUGCCGCAAUGCCUUUACCCGGGAGCAAUCAAGAAGGCAAAGGGAGCCGACCAGCUUUCCCCGUAUUAUGGGAUAAAGCCGAGCGAUUAUAUUUCUGGUUCUCUCGUCAUCCAUAACGCUGACAUCGAGCAAGGCACAAACGCAGAAAAUGAAUCUCCCAAAGGCCAGGCUUCCUCGAAUGGGUGUGCUGUGCCCAAGAAGGAUUCCCUGCCUUUGUUGCCCAAAAACAGAGGCAUGGUAAUAGUCAACGGUGGACUGAAGCAAGAUGAGAGACCUGCCGCCAACCCACAGCAAGAGAACAUUUCCCAGAACCCUCAGCAUGAAGAUGGCCACAAGUCUCCCUCUUGGAUCUCGGAGAACCCAUUAGCCACGAAUGAGAACGUCUCACCAGGCAUGCCCUCCGCGGAGGAACAGUUGUCUAGUAUAGCGAAAGGUGUGAAUGGCUCCACCCAGGCUCCGACCAGUGGGAAAUAUUGCCGGCUGUGUGACAUCCAGUUCAACAACCUCUCGAACUUUAUAACUCACAAGAAGUUUUAUUGUUCAUCACAUGCAGCGGAACACGUCAAAUGAAAUAAUGAGCUAACUAAGAGACAUCAGUCACCUUUGGUACAGUGUUGAAUACGUUGUGCUUCCCAGUCCAGAAAGGUAACAACAGAAACAAAAGCUGUUGUGAAUUACAUCUGGGCAAAUCAGGAGAGAAGUCAUGAUGGCCGAAUUGAAGACUUAAGGUGUAAUUUCAUUACAGUCCAUUAGUAACGUGUAUUAUUGGUGCCAUUUUCAAAAAGAAUUAAUUUAUUUUGCCAGCAGUAUUCAUAGCUGUGGUUAUGUUAUUUUUAUUUAAAAAACUUUAUAUUAAAGUCAUUUGUAAUGUUAUUGUAUAGUUAUUGUGUAGCACAUAUGGUUUGCACUGUAUAGUAGCUUUUAAAGAAAAUAGUCACAAACAAUACAGAAAAGCAUUUUAGAAAUAGCUUCAAAAGCACUUGUGUACCUUGAGUUCUUCUUAUAUGCUGUUGCAGAUAAACGUAUAUGCUAAAAUAUAACUUGCAAAGAUGUUCUAAGUACACAUGCUAUAAGUUCGCCUUAAGAUUUCAAUUCUUGGAUAAUCAGGCUCCGUUUGCACUUUAUAUUUUAGCAGAUACAGUCUCUUAGUCACUAGGCUUUGCAUUUGUAUGUAGCCGUAUGUUUCUGUCCAUUUUCUUAAUCUUAACCAUGUAUGUUAAAUGAAGAUGGCAAUUUUUUUCUUGUAUAGUACUUGUAUUUUCUUUCGCUGAUGCAGCUCUGUCUCAAUUUUUAAACCUUUGCUGUUACAUGCAAUACUUUGUAAAGAAUGAACAAAAUUACUGGAAGCAGUAUUGUAAGUAAAUGAAGUAGUAUUAAUCAGUUUUAUCUUUUGAAAGGCACAGUCUAAAUCGAAACCCUGAACUCAAUGCUGCAAGUAUGAAUUUAAUUCAUAUAUAAGAUCUAUUUAAAUAUAAUAGUAGCAAUACUGCACCUGGUGAUCACAAAGAUAAUGUUCUACUUCUGAUAGAAAUAAUUUCUCAACAAAUGUUGUUACUAUGCAUGUAUAUGGAUGGAAUAAAAUUCCAGAUUGUUGGAGAA